UAGUAGUACAGUAUAUUCCAGCACAGUGAGGUGAAGCAGUGUGACUGGCGACUAGCUGCUCUGUGGCCGUUUUUGAGCAACUUAUUUCCUCUUUCCCAUUUGAUUAAGGGUUUUACCAAAUACCCAAAAUGUCAGUAGACCCUCUAAGAGAAUACUGAUAUACAUUUUGAGUGUAUUUCAAAACUCGAAUGGGAAAACUCCAUCGUGGUCUGUGAUCCAUCUGCACCUCUGUUUGACAGUGCACGAAAAUGGCCGUGUACAUGUACAGCUGACAGACAGCUAGCCAUUUCCUUGUAAUUUCCCCCAUAAAUAACUGGUCUGAGAAGCGAACUGCGGAGUCCCUCUUGUUCUAAAGACCCUGUUGAGGUUAUCGAGGAUGGCGAAUGAACCAAAAAUCACAUCAAUCAAAGAACUACGACCGGGAAUGAAAAACCUAAACAUGGUUUUUAUCGUUCUCGAAAUAGGUACAUCUUCGAAAACAAAAGAUGGCCAUGAGAUCCGUUCGUGCAAGGUAGCUGAUAAAACAGGUUGCAUUAAUAUGUCUGCGUGGGAUGAGCUAGGCCGUGUCAUCCAAGCAGGUGACAUGCUGAAAUUAACAAAAGGAUAUGCAUCCCUUUUCCGAGGUAGUUUAACACUAUACACGGGAAUUGGAGGAAAAUUGCACAAGAUAGGGGACUUUUGUAUGGUAUUUUCCGAAAUUCCCAAUAUGAGUGAGCCUAACGCUGAGUUUAUCGCACAGCAAAAAGUAAAUUUGCAAGAGCAACGAAGUAAUUCUCCAACUGGGCCAGGAGCCAGUGAUGGGAGGCCACCAAAUAACGGAGGACCAAGGAUGGGGCCCAACGGCAACCCAAACCAGAAAAGUACAUUCGAACAGCAGCCGCCAAGACCUCCCACCCCACCGAUGGGCGUGAACUUUCCUCAACCCCACCCUAACCGCGGUGGAAUGGGCCAGGGAGGUCCAAAGAAUGGUAUGGGGCCAGGCUUUCCCACUGAUCAGAGAGGGGGGAGGGGAAGAAGAGGAAGAUAACGAUAGGUUCAUCGUGGAAAAAUAGCAGGUGGUUUAGCAUGAACAAGUACAUGCAUUUUGUUGAGAGAUGGAAUGAAAUGACCAAUUUCUUUUGUGGCUGAAAUCAAUAUUCUAACGUAGCUUUGUGAGAUCAUUAAUAGAAGGAGAAAUAAAGUUAAAAUGUAGGAAAUGGGAAAGUGUCCUGAAGGAAUGAGCGUGAACUGAUAAACGUUGUCAAAGUUGGCCCUUCAGUAUAGGAAAUCAUGAUAUUGUGAUGAAUUACAGUAAUUACAUUAAUUAGAGGACUCGUAUUAUUCUUUCUUAUUCCUAGUUUAUGAUUCGUAUAUUUGUUGAAUAUACAAUAUUUACUUGUGCACCAGCCUCAUUUGAACUCGAUGUGUGGACUAGAAUGAUCAUCUGUUGAAAAUGAAAAAACUGCUGAUUUUGUUUGCUACCAAAUCAAAUCUACAAAAGCAAUCUUGCUGUUUGCAGUGUAUUGUUUAAAGUCUAAAAUGGCUUUGAGUGGAAAUGAAUUUCAAUGCGAAUAUACGCUUCAAGCUAAAAACAGUGUAGCUUUAUUUGAAAAUUCUUUGUUUUUGAGAUUAACUGGUACCCUGUUGAUAUGAUAUGUAUGCCUAUGACAGCCAGUGAACUGGCCUGUUGUUUGAAUAUUGCAUAGACAACUUCCUUGUACAUGUAACAGUUCGAGAUUUCCACCCUAAACCCAUGUAUGUGCACAAAUACACAUGCCCCACAGAUUUGCUCUGAGCAUGUGCAUGUUUUAGUGGUUUUCAUAUUUGUUAAUAUUUGUACAUACAUGUACAUGCCAGGGAUUUCAUGGAAAAUAAAUGUAUAAUGUUGGUCAUUCAUCGUAUGACAACCACUUUUUGCAGAGAUGUUUGAAUUUGGGGUGAAAUAAAAUAAAAACAAACAAACUGCUGCCUGGGUAAUUAUUUAUGAAA